CACAAACAAGGGGCUAUUGAUUUCAGCGACACUUAAACUUAUAUUCAAAAGACGAAGUUGCCAAUAAGCAGCACUCACGAUGUUUGACAAAGCUUAUCAAGGAGGACCAUCCUUUGAGGUUUUGACGACCCAGGGUUCGAAUCCGACGGUAUCGUGGAAGGUCGCGCCGACGGUCCAGCGAGUCUACGAUAAGGCCAUUCGUGGCUACAUCUACCACUCCUCGCAGAGUGCCACGUCACCGAGCCUUCAGCUACCCAAAGACGCGAACAGAAGCUUGCAGCUUUUUCAGCCGAUUUUGGUCUUCCAGUUGCUACUUUGCGAGGUACGAGUAGUAUCACAGGCGUUCUUUGCUGGUAAGUGUAUGAAUGUAAACGAUAAAUCUUCGUUCGAACGAGACAUACACGCAACCGAGAAAUUAUCUGAGUGAUGCGAAACAAGAACAAGACCCAACCCACCUACUAUCAGGACGUCCAAAAGGAUCGGACCUUCACCCUGGAGCUUGGUGUGACGGACGGAAGCAAGACACGUCGUCGCGUUGCGUUCUCCCAUGCGGUAAAGGACAAGAGUGUGAAUCCCCUACACGCCCGCUUUCCCGUCCAGGGCUGCACGGAGCCUGUUCCGCGCGGUCAGUGGAUCAACCUGUGCAUCGACCUGCCGAGCGUUUUGAGGAACGCCUGGGGUCCGAGUGUGCAGUUCAAAUCGCUCGAUCUGAUUUCCAUCAGUCAGGAGUGCAAAUUGCGCAAAAUCUUCACCUAUCCUGUGCAAAAGUAUCGUACUCGUAUAGAUCCCGCUUUUUUCUGCAUCAAACAUCUCACCAACUUCUCGCCAGCUUCUCGCGUACUUCUAACCAACUUCCCACCAACUUCUCCCCAACCUUUUCACCAACUUCCCAGCUGUUGUUGAGAAGUUGGCGGAAGUCGGCGGCUGGGUUUUUUCUGGGCAUUGGUGCGGAUUUGAAUUGUAGGAGCGCCAAUUUCUUUAUGCUCGAUUCGUGGCCGCCACCGCGUGCGCAGUCGCGAAUUAGUUUGGCUGUGCAUACUUCGGCCGCGCCUCCGCGUGUGGAGGCUCGGACGCCUCUUGCUGCUAAAAGCUUGCGGGCUCCUGCAAGUGAUCUUUUGGAGGCGUCACGCAAUUAAUUUGGGAGAGCAGACCUUCCUAUAAAAAUUAAUUGCAUGAAGCCUUUAAAAAAUUACGAAGCUGGUCGGAUGUUCGUAGCGAUGUUGGGGAGGAAGUUGUUUGGAAGUUGUUGAGAGGUUGUUGAGAAGUAUCGUAGGAAAAAAUGUCAUAUAACGUGUAGGCGUCACGCACAACUGCGUUUUUUGGCAAAAGAAAACAAAGCCUUCUUAUUAUUAGUUACGAAAUCAAUCGACUUUGCUGAUUUAUACGUAGUGCUGCAAUUGAGACUACGUGAACAACUUCCGCGCCUCUGCGACGUGCAGCGCCACAUCGUCGCGCGCGCGCAACCAUCAGAGAGGCGUCUGUGCGUGCAGCCAUCAAAGACGCAACUUUUGCCGCAUCUUCUAUACGUUUUCGUGCGUGGAGCCGUCGCGCAACCUGGUCGAGCAGCGCUGCAAAUAAAUAAAAAGCGUGGCAGUUGCCGUCUUUCUAUUUACCUGUAGCGCAGUUCUUUCCAGCCCUUGCAGCUGCAGCUGCAAGCAGCGAGGGGGACAGAACUCGCCACGGCGGAGUGCCGUGCCGCGGCACUCGGCCGGGGCGAUGACGACGCCAACACGUCCCGCCACUUCUCACGGGCCUCCGCACCAACUUCGGCGCCGACUUCUCACGAACUUCUCCACCGACUUCCCAACAACCUCCCACCAACUUCGAAGUGACUUCAUGCAAAAAAAAGCGGUAGCAUUUAUACGAGUACGAUACUUUUGCACAGGAUAUCACCCUGCGCUCCUUCGCGGAAAAAAUACCAAAAAGCCUGGACUUUCCGGCGCAAAGCGUGACAUCGGCGACAGUUCUGGUCAACGGGUUGUUUUUCCAGCAGGGACAAUUGCACGAGCUCCAAAAUACGUCCUUUGCAGCCGACCAAAACGGCGGCCAGGGGGCAGGAAACAAAUUUCCGCCAACAACCUCUACCUCAUCGAGUAAGGAGUCGCAAUCUUCUGUGCCAUCGCUGCUGAACAACACCGGAACACUAACGCAGACGCAGCAGCUCCGCACGAGGGGUCGCGGCGGGGGGCCUGCAUCCGCCUCCGGUGGAGCGACGCUCGGCCACGCGCAACAGCCGCUUGCGUUACACCUAACAGGAACUCUUACAGCAGGGGGAAGCAGUUCCUCCAGCGCUGCAUUCCCGUUGCAGCAAGCGCAGCACGCGGCUGGGGACCAGCAUGCCGCUUCGAGUCAGCUGCUGGACAUCUCGCAGAUGUCCCUCACCAACGUCCCAGCUGCAGACGAAUUCUCUUACGAGGAGAUGUUGGUCCGGGGCGGAGGUGCUCCCGGGGUGGAGCCCACCGCUUCAGCUGCGCCUUCGACCAGUUAUGCCGCGAAACAAAAACGCCGGCACGCAUCCAGGAAUUCGCUGCAGAAUCGCGUACUUCUAUCUCCAAUGGCCUGGCUGCUGCUACUUGUUUGCAGCUCCAGCAACCUCUUGCUCAUUUUCUACAGUUUUCAAACUUCUUUCGAUUCUCCGUUGAUCUUGAUCUUCCUCCUGCAAUCUAGUUGUAGAAGAGCGCAUUCGUGUUUGUAAAGAUUCCUGCGGCAUGCUCCUCAACUUAAAUUCGCAAACUCAGCUUCCGGCCCAGGAUGUCGAUAAAGAGGGAAGCUCGACCACCGCGACACGGCGCAGCCGGCGUGGAAGUGAAGAGGAUUCGCUAAUCUUGCUGGAGACAAGUACCGCCAGUGCGGCGGACCACCACUCGACGCAGCGCAUGAAGAACAAACGAUCUCUGUCGAGCGACCGUGGUUCCGGCGCCCCACACAUGAUGUUGCGACAAACGAACGCGUGGGCCGAUUCCGGCUCCGCAGCGGCGGACAAGGAACAGCUGCAGGGGAGCAAACACAAGCUGCACCACACCACCUCAGGACUCAUGCUAAGCAAGAACCGAUCCACGAAAUCGUAAACAGUCUGAAAUAACUUCGAUCACGAUCAUGUUUUUGUUUUGCUGAUCCUGAUGAGAAGACGAAAAAAUAAUAUGUUUUCCAUGAUACGUAGCAAAAGAAGAAUAUAAGCUUCAUCAGGUCUGGUCUGCGGGUGCCGACAGCGAGGGGAGACUUUGUUCUCAAUGCCAAGAACGAAAACAAGGAGCGCGGCGACGCGCCUACCGACGUGCUGGAGAACACGUGGUCGGGGCCACGCAGUACGCGCCACCGGCUGCAACCCUUGGACACAGACCAGCAGACCUGGGCGCGGCAUCGCGGAUCGAUGGAGCAGCAGACAACAGCGGACCAGCAGCAGAACCCUGCUCGCGCCGGCCAGCAGCGCGACCGGUCUGCGUCCAUAGAGCGCGUCACGCCCACCGCGGCGAACACGAGUGCUGCUUUGAAUAC